UCUUUCUCUCUCUCUCUGUUCUGCAAUUCCUGCGCGGCCUCUCAUGGAGGAUUCAUCUUCAUCAAAUCAGGAGGAGAGAAAUUAGGGUUUGAAGCAGAGAAAUCCACGCCACGAAAUUAAUUAAGUAAUUAAUUAGGAUCGAUCGCGAUCAUGAAGGUUCAUCCGACGCCGAAGAAGAGGAACAUAACUCUGCGAUACGACAUCAUCUCGGUGUUAUCGGAAGCGAACGCCGUCUCAAUCCGUCAAAAGAAACUCCGUCGACUCCCUCAUAUAUUCGAGAAAGUCCUGGAGCUCCCUUUCCACUCGGACGCAGACGUUUCGAUAGAAGAAACGGCGAAUUGCUUCCGUUUCGUGGUAGAGACGACAGACGAUAUGACGGUGGAUAUAAGGGCUCAGACGAUCGAGAUCUAUCCAGGGGUUACAAAGAUUGUAAUUAGAGGGGAAAACGUUGUAGAUUUGUCCAUGGGGGAAUUGGAACUCGAUAUUUGGCGUUUUCGAUUGCCUGAGUCGACCAGGCCUGAGUUGGCUAGCGCGGCGUUUAACGACGGCGAGUUGGUGGUGACGGUGCCAAAAGAAGUAGAAGAAGAAGAAGAAGAAGAGGCACGGAUCGUUCUUGUACAGUGAACUUGAAGUGAGUACUUGUCAUAAUAAGUACAAAUUUAUGUUGUUUAUGUUUACUUUCUUCAAUAAAUCCAAAUAUUAAUCAUAGUUUACAUUGUAAUGAAUCAUCCUUCUGUCUCUUUGC